AGUAAGUGCACAGAUCGAGAACAUGCACAAUGAAUUCGGGAUCAUAUUCGUGGUGUAGGCUGAGCCGAAAAUGAGGCCUUGCAAGUGCCGAGAAUUUGUGUCGCAGUAAGCGGGCUCAAUUAAAUUGGAAGUGGGGAUCGGAAUCACUUUGAUAAGUACGAUUGGCGACUCGGGUCCUAAUUUGUCACGUGCGACAAUUUGUCCUGCGCCAAACCAGCUCUUGUCCCAGCGACACUCGGACCCGGACUCAGUCCGUCUAUGUCCAGCACAUGUCUCGCGUGGGUCGAGGCAUCCAAAAAUGGGUCGUUCGAUGCUUGCGUGGUCGGACUGCGAGGCAACGCAAUAUAAAAUGGGUGGUCCUAGUCUCGGGAAGCAUCAUCACCCAUUCCUCUUUUUCUUUUCGUCCUCCUCAUCCCACUCAACAUGCCUUCUAUCACGACGUUCCUUCAACUGACCGCCCUCGUUGGUGCCGCGCUCGCGCUGCCCAGCAACAUGACCGUGAUCGACAACGGCAAGCGCGCGUCCUGCACGGUCAACAGCGUAGCCAGCGCGCAGAACCUGAGCGGAUGCACGAAUGUUGUCAUCGAAGGCUUCACUGUGCCUGCUGGAAACACGAUCACAAUCGCCGCUGCAAAGGGUGCGACAGUCACCAUGACCGGUGAUGUCGUUUUCGCAAAGACGUCGACUGCUGGUCCGCUCUUUACCUUGAACACGCCCGCGAUCAACUUCGUCGGAGGGAACCACAAGAUCGACGGCAAUGGUGCAUCGUACUGGGAUGGGCAGGGAACGAACGGCGGCUCCUUCAAGCCCCACCCCUUCAUCAAGGUCAAGGGCUACGGAACGUUCAAGCAGUUCACCGUCCUCAACUCGCCGGCUCAGGCCAUCUCUGUCGGCACCACCGGCGGGGCCACGACCAUCUCUCAAGUCACCGUCGACAACUCGCUCGGCGACUCCAAGGGCGGACACAACACCGACGGGUUUGACGUGAGCGCCGACGACGUCACGAUCUCGUCGUGCACGGUCAAGAACCAGGACGACUGUCUCGCGCUCAACUCGGGAAACAACAUCAUCUUCGAGGACAACACCUGCGCGAACGGCCACGGCAUCUCGAUCGGCUCGAUUGCUACGGGCAAGAGCGUGACGAACUUCCAGGCGCUGCGCAACACCGUCACCAACAGCUUGUACGGGAUCCGCAUCAAGGUUCAAGCUUCUGCCACGAAUGCCAAGGUUUCUAAUGUCCUCUACUCUGGCAACAAGCUCUCUGGCAUCAGCUCUUACGGUGUGCUGAUCACUCAGAGCUACCCCGCCAACAACGGCAAGCCUGGAGCUGGCGGACCCAUCUCUGGCGUCAGCUUCUCUGGUUCUCCGACCACGGUCGCUGGUACCAGCAACGCAUAUGGACUGGUCGUUGACUGCGGUGCUUGCACUGGCACGUGGGACUUUUCCGGCCUCGACAUCACCUCCGCCGGCAAGGGCCACUCGAUCACCAUGGACAAGGCCACGAUCUCCGGCGGCAAGUACUAAUCGCUCCGUUUCCUUCCUUGUCAGGAGGUUGAGAACAACGAGCCUAAUUUACCUUUGGUUGGAUCUUUCGGAGUCGCGCAU